UAACUGUUUGAGCAUAGAAUAGAAAUAUUGAAAAACCGGUUGCAGAUGGGGAAAAUUCUAAAUUUAGCAUCUGCACAUACCUAGUGGUCGUCGCGUCCACACUGUGUCACACACAUUUUUACGGUGUCGACAAACGAUUGUGACUAGAUCGGAUAGCUGCCGUACAAAGAUUCUACCAUGAGCCGUUUAGAUCCCGCCUUCAGUAGGGUGGACCCCAAGAGGUCUGGCUUCUACACCUGGAGGAUAGAGAAUAUGCAGGUUGUUCCAAUAGCAAAAGAGUUUUUUGGUGAAUUCUUCAGAGGUGACUCAUACAUUGUGUUAUCUAUAAAGGACACCAAAGGUGGACCCUUGGACUGUCAUGUCCACUUCUGGCUUGGUAAUGACACAUCCCAGGAUGAGGCAGGUAUAGCAGCCUACAAAUCUGUAGAACUGGAUGAUUUGCUUGGGGGUGCACCUGUCCAACACAGAGAGGUUGAAGGUCACGAAUCCCAACGUUUUCUCAGUUAUUUUCCUAAUGGAAUUAAAAUAAAAUCUGGUGGUGCUAAAUCUGGAUUCCAUCAUGUGGAUAAAGGAAUAUUUCAACCCAGACUGAUUCAUGUCAAAGGCAAAAGAAACCCCAGAUUUUCAGAGUGUCCUGAAAUAGACUGGGACCAAAUGAAUCAUGGGGACUGUUACAUUGUUGAUCUGGGACAAGUUAUCUUCCCUUGGCUGGGUGCAGAGUGCAACAAAACAGAGAAGAUGAAAACACUGGAACAUUGCAGAAAGCUGAGAGAUGAAAGAGGUGGCAAGGCCAAUAUUUUUGUUGUGGAGGAUGGGCAGGAAGAUAAGUUAGACAAAGAUGCAAAGCAGCUGUUUGAGAAAUAUCUCGUCAUUCGUGAAAGAAACAAAGUUAAGGGAGGAAAAGAGGGUGGUGAUGAUGAAGUCAACGAAAGACAAAUCUCAGCCAACAUUAAACUUUUUUCUUGUCGUGAAGAAGAUGGAACUCUGCGUAUUCAGGAGGUUAAGCCUGGGCCACUUUCUAGAAAAGAUUUACUCUCUGAUCCCUAUCAGAAAGUUAGCAAGGACUCAUUUAUAAUAGACAAUGGUCCUUCUGGAGCAUGGCUUUGGAUUGGUAAAAAAGCUUCACCAAAAGAAAAGAAAGAAGCUAUGAGAAAUGCUGUAGGUUUCUUAAAAAAGAAAGGUUAUCCAUCAGACACAAAAGUGACAAGAGUUGUGGAAGGGGCAGAGCCAACAGACUUCAAGUGCCUAUUCAAAGACUGGCCUCAACCCCCUCCCCCAGGCAAAGUUUAUACCAGAAGCAGAAUUGCAAGGACAGUCCAAACGAAGUUUGAUGCAUCAACAUUACACUCUAAUCCUGCCUUGGCUGCAGAAACUCAGAUGGUAGACGAUGGCUCUGGCAAAGUGGAGGUAUGGCGCAUUGAAAACUUCCAGAUGGUACCACUAGAAACAGUACACUAUGGAGAAUUCUAUGGAGGAGAUUGCUAUGUUAUUCUUUAUACAUAUAAUGUUCAAGGGAGAGAAGCAUAUAUCAUCUAUUACUGGCUGGGUUUGAAGUCCACAGCUGAUGAGCAAGGUACAGCUGCUCUUAUGGCAGUGCAGUUAGAUGAUAAACAUCAUGGUGCUCCUAUACAGGUGAGGGUUGUACAGUACAAAGAACCCCCACACUUCAUGGCGUUGUUUGGUGGAAAGAUGGUCAUAUUUGAGGGAGGUAAGGCAGGUUGGACAAAGGGUAAAGUGACAACCAAUGGCUUAGAUUACGAAGGACCUGGUGACAAGUAUAUGCUUCAAGUCAGAGGCACUUCUGCACUUACCUGCAAAGCCAUUCAGGUACCACUUUGGGCAUCUUCCCUGAACUCUAAUGAUGUUUUUGUUAUCUUCACCAAAAGUGCUGUCUACAGCUGGGCAGGUAAAGGCUGUACAGGAGAUGAGAGGGAGAUGGCCAAAAAUAUUGCUGCCAGGUCUCCUAGAACACUGACAAAUGUGUUUGAAGGACAGGAAAAGCCAGAUUUUUGGAAUGUAUUGGGUGGUAAAGAAGAAUAUGCCUCAGAAAAACUUUUACAGGAUGAUGGCAGUCACCCACCUAGGUUGUUCCAUUUAUCCAAUGCUAAAGGUUUCAUUAGUGUUGAGGAAAUUCACGAUUUUGUGCAGUCAGAUCUGAUUGAAGAUGAUGUCAUGAUCCUGGAUGCCUGGGAAUGUGUUUACAUCUGGCAGGGAAAGAACAGCAACAAAGUGGAAAGAGAAGAAUCACAAAGAUGUGCAAUAGAAUACCUCAAAACAGAUCCAUCUGGUAGGGACAUGGAUACAGCAAUAUUUAGCAUUAAACAGGGGCUUGAGCCACCAUCAUUUACAGGUUUCUUUGGAGUCUGGGACAGAGACCUAUGGAGUAAGGGACUGACUUAUGAACAACUCAAGAAGCAGAUAGCAGAUGGCAAUAUUCCAAUUGAGCAAGUACAUGAGAAUGUUUCCAAUGGAGGUCAGGAUUUUAAUGAGGUGCCCAAAUAUUCACUAGCAGAACUGCAAGUUGCCUCAGAAGAAUUACCACAAGGUGUGGAUCCAUCAGCAAGAGAGAUUCACUUACUGGAUGAUGAGUUUCGUAAACUAUUCCACAUGUCCUACUCUGAUUUUAACAAGCUUCCAAGCUGGAAACAGAAGCAGCUGAAAAAGAGCUUUAAACUUUUUUAGUUCUGUAUCUACCUUUUUUGUUUAGUAUUAAAAUCUUCAAACAAAUUUUUUUACUGAGAACUUAUCCAUUAGUAGUAUGUGCUACUUAUUUAUAUCUAGAUUAUUUAUCAGAUUUAUUAUGUAGACUGAAUGUUCUAUAGAUAUCUGUCCAUUGGGUAAUUUUUAAAAAUCCUUUUUAAUAAUAGUCUUAUGAUUUUUUUAUUAGCUUUAUGCUUCCAAUUUUUUAUUAGCUAAAAAAAUUGUGUUUUUUGUAGUUGUAUGAAAAAAAGGAAAUUAAAGCAAUAUACGUAGAAUUAGUAAACGAGCAUAAUUUUAAGUGUAAAUGAGUAAAAACAGUCAAUGUUGGUAGAUGUGCUCUAGUACAUUUCUCAAAUUUUUUAUAACUUUUGCUUAUAACUUUAGCUUGACAUUAUAAGACUACAUGAAAAAUGUACCAUUAAACAACAUAAUGUAUUAAAAUUCAGCUGAGGACUAUAAAUGCAUUGUUUAUACUUUAAGCACAUCUCAAACUUGGGUUUGUGAAGUUCUUUAUUUGAUUUGUUUAGAGAUAGUGAUGAGUACAAUUUUACCAUAUUUUUGUACGCAGUUGAUGUUGGACUUUCUAUAUAGUAAAAACAAUUGAAUUACAAAAGUAUUCAUAGUUUUCCUGUUUCAUAGACCUAUUCAAACAAAAAUGGAAGUUGUCACUGUAUGUGUGACCAAUAAUACAUUUUAAAAUGCACACAUAGUCACUUUGUAAUUCUUAUUACACAUGAGUGAUUUUAUGCAAUUUAAUCAAUAUGUUUUAGAAUAUUCCAGUUAAACUACACAGGAACUUUUUUUAAACUGCUGUUUUCUUCUUAAUAACACCUACAAACGCUGCUUCCUUUUUGUACUACAUGUUUGUAGUAUGUGCUUUAAGUUAAAAUGUAUCAUAGUAUGAUCGGCUGUACUCAACUAACAUCACCUGAGCUAGUAUUUAUUUCACUAAAUCUCCACAUUGAAUUGUUUUUCCACACUUGUUACUAUAUAAAUAUAGAUCUGUGAUUUUUUUAAAAAUCUUUCAAAAUGUUCAUUUAUUACUUUCUGUUAACUGUUUAUAUACUAUGUAAUACUUUUAGUAAAGUAUACAGAAAGAGUAAUACAAUUUUUCAGUAAGCAACUCACUUUUAUAGAGUUAAAAACAAUUUACAUUGAAUUUACCUGGUUUUAAUGUGUUGUCAUUGAUUAUUUUUUUUAAAUAAUGCUAUUACUAAUUUAAUGUAAAACUAGUUAACUGCAGAAUCUACUCUUUUUUUUUUAAAUAUUGUUAAGUAUAUAUCAAAUUUAAAAUCUAGAAAUUUUAGAUCUAGAAACAUAAACUUAAGAUUUAUUAUCAAUACAUUUACAUCUUAUCAGUUACUGUAAAAACCAAGAGAAAACUGCAUCACAUAAAUCACAUUCAUCUAAGUCAAAUCAUUCUGUUAGAACUUGUGUGAUUCUGAUAUUUGAUACAUGAUGUGUGUUAUAACUUAUCAAUAUUCCUAAGCUCUCAUCGUUAUUUAUUUUUAUAUAAUAAGGUAUACAAAACUUUAACAUACACUUGAGCAACAUUCCAUUUUUCUAGUGUGUUAAAACCUAUGUAUUUAAAAUUAAUUGAUUCAUACAUAAAAGUAAAUGCAUCUAAAAAAUGUUGGCUUUAUUUAUUUUUUCCCUUAAUUAUAAUUUUAAAGCAAGGGGAGAGGACUAGGUUGUUUUUAAAU